AUGAUCUCCCUCGUCGCCUUCGACCUCGACGGAACCCUCGCCGAGAGCAAGCAGCCGCUGAAAGACUCAAUGGGCGAGGCUCUGGCCGAUCUGCUGACCGUGGCCAAUGUUGCCGUCAUCUCUGGCGGUGACUGGCCACAAUUCCAGAAGCAAGUCGCCAGUCGCCUACCCGCCCGCGCAGACUUGUCAAAGCUAUGGCUCAUGCCGACUACAGGCACAAAGCUUUACACGCACAUGGGUGGUGAGGGUUGGCAGAGGGUCUAUGCUGAGCUCUUUAGCGAGGACUCGAGGAGGAAGAUCCUCGAAGCAUUCGACAGCUCCCUUGAGGCGACUGGCUUUAAGCCGGAGAAGACGUGGGGCAAGCGCAUUGAGGAUCGAGGGUCCCAGAUCACAUUUUCUGCCCUCGGCCAGGAGGCGCCCAUCGCCGAGAAGGAGCACUGGGAUCCCGACUUCGAGAAGCGCAAAAUCAUACAGGCCGACCUACGAAAGCGACUGCCCGACCUAUCAAUCAAUAUGGGAGGGGCGACCUCGAUUGACAUUACACAAAAGGGCGUUGAUAAAGGCUACGGACUCAAGAAGUUGCGCGAUGCAAGUGGCAUACCCCUCGGACAGAUGAUGUUUAUUGGUGAUGCCAUCUUCCCCGGUGGCAAUGACUAUCCUGCCAAAGAACUCGGCCUUGAAACCGUGCGCGUCAAGGACCCAGACGGCACACUCGCUGCCAUUGCCGCCAUCGUCGCCUGCCUUCGAUAG